AUGGUAUCACGACGUGUGCUGGACAUAAGAGAAAGUAUAAGACGCCAACCUUCCUCGCACCAUGAUGCCUCCUGGACGUGCCAGGCAGCCAGGAAAACAGCCCCUUCGUCGCUUCCUCCGUCUCCAACCAUCACCAUGCAUUUCAGCGUUGCUGGCAUUGCCCUCUGGGCCCUUGCGGCCACACAGGGUGUCGAGGCUCACUACCGCUACAGCAAGCUCAUCGUCAACGGCAGGGUGACCAACGACUGGGAGUACGUCCGCGAGAACAGCAACUUCAUCAUGCCCACCAAGCAGUUCCUCCAGCCCAGCGACGACUUCCGCUGCAACUCGGGAUCCUUCGCCAACGCGGGCAGGACCAAAGUCCACAAGGUCAACCCAGGCGACAGCAUCGGGUUCCGCCUGUGGAACGGCGGCAAGAUUCUCCACCCCGGACCUACCACCAUCCACAUGUCCCGGGCUCCUGGUGACGUGCGCCAGUACAGAGGCGACGGCGAUUGGUUCAAGGUUCAGGAGACUCUGAUCUGCAGAGCCCCCGGCCGCUACCUCGCCGACACCGACUGGUGCUCCUGGGAUCAGCCCGACCAGACCUUCACCCUUCCUCGCGAUACCCCUCCUGGCCAGUAUCUCGUCCGCGUUGAGCACAUCGCCCUGCACGGCGCCCAGAGCGGAGACACCGAGUUCUAUUUCACUUGCGCCCAAAUCGAAGUCGGCGGCAACGGCAACGGCCGCCCUGGCCCCUUGGUCAAAAUCCCCGGUCUGUACAACUCCAACGACCCGGCCCUCCGUUUCUGGAUCUAUGGCGUUCCAUCUUACCCCUACACCCGCGUCGGGCAGCACGCCGUUUGGACUGGUGGCCAGUAUGGCGGUGGCGGCGGCGGCGGCUCUCCCGCCCCUGCGCCCUCGCCCGCUCCCGGCAACGGCGGCGGCACCGUUCCUCUUUGGGGACAAUGUGGUGGAGAGGGUUACACUGGUCCUACCCGCUGUGCCGAGGGCACCUGCAAGGUUAGCAACCAGUGGUACUCUCAGUGCGUGAACUAG